AUGCUCAUCAUGUCACUGUAUGUGCCCUCUAAAGUGAAAUUAGUAAAGGAAAUAUUUGAUGAAUUGAUACCUCUAAGUCUCGUGAUGGGCGAUAUCGAUGCUAAAACAUCUACAUUUCCUGUAACAAUGAUUAAUCGUAUAGUUUAUUUAUUAACAGUAGUGAUAGCUAUUUGUCUGAUUUAUACGACAUGUGAAGCACAUAGAGAUCAUCAUAAAGGUACACCAAAAAAGAGAUCAGAGUCAAUUUGGUCAUUCUGGAUUGGCACCUCUGAUGAUUCACAAAAACCACCCGAUUCUGCAGCCCCCGAUGAUAAAAAUUCAGUAGCCGAUUCUACUGGAGAUAAAUCAACUGCCUCCAUGGAAGCUCCAGCAAUGAGCAGUUCAAUGACAAAACCCAUGGAGGAAUCAUCAACCAGCAGUGUUUCACCAUUAGAAAAGGCUGUAUGGUGCCGGCUUGCGAAUGGUAGUUACUAUGCGCUUGGGUACAAAUACAAACAAUCAAAUUGCGUUGAAUGCGAGUGCUUACGAAGUCGAAUGGUUCUUUGUUCAUUCUUGUCAUGUGUGGUCAGAUAUUGUGUUGACGGUUCCAAACCCGUAAGAGUUGCAAAUCAGUGUUGUUCGCAAUGCCCUGGUGAGCCGCCAGCGAAAAGCUGCAUGUACAACCAAUUAUCCUAUCCUCAUGGUUCAAUAAUAAAGAGUCAACCAAAUGGUAUGCAAUGCUGGUGCCAAAAUGGUGCAAUUGAAUGUCGUGAAUAUCAAGGUUCAAUGUUCGACGGUUUCGGUUUAUUGAACGAUAAUAGUUAUAUCUACGUUAUUGUUGUAAUACUCGUUAUCAUUUUACUUUUUGGUUUAUUGUUAUGCUGUGGUGGUACAGUAUUUUUUUACUAUUAUUACCGCAAAUAUCAACAAACAAUAGAUGAAUCAUAUCAACAGUAUUGGAAUAACGCUGGUUGGCAACCAUUGGAAGAAGAUGGCCAAGAUACACAACAAGAUGAGAAGCAAGCUGAAGCUGAACAAGGACAAUUUGAGAGUGAACAAUAUUUAAGUGAGAAAAGUGGUGCUGAUGGCCAACAACAAUAUAUGCCACCACCAUAUGCUCUUUACAAUGCUUCAUAUGUGCCAGAAGAUAUACACAAACAAGCCUAA